GGGAGGGCCCAGCAGCAAGACCCACAGGCGGAAGAGGCGGCGUCGAGGCCCCGGCCCCGGAAGAAGCGCGCCUUGGUCGCCGGAGCCCAGCAUGGGCCGCAAGAAGAAGCAGAAGCAGGAGUCUCGCGCGGCGGCGCUUCGCAGGGUCGUGACUUUCGACGAGGAGAACCGGCGGUGAGUGCAGGGGAAGCGGGCGGCCAGUUGCUUCUCCCUCCCCGCGCGAGGCGACGGGCGCGGCUUCCCUGCACGCGGUCUCCCACCCAGAAGUGCCUCUCGCCGCGGGAGGCAGCGGGGUUUCGCGCCCGAAGGGCAGCUGCGAAACCCUCGGAAGCAUACCGCGCGAGCACCGCGAUCCGAGGGUCUAGUUCACACGUGCAGCGGGGCGGGGAUGGAGUGGAGUGUGCUUCGACGGGGCGAGGGAAACACAUACAUAGACAGUGGUACCUUGGGUCUCAAACUUAAUACGUUCCAGAAAUCCAUUCCAAAACCAAAGCGUUCCAAAACUAAGGUGCGCUUUCCCAUAAAAAGUAAUGCAAAAUGGAUUAAUCCAUUCCAGACUUUUAAAAACAAACCCUAAAGCAGCAGAACUAUCCAGUAGCACCUUAGAGACCAACUUUCGUGCAUGCACACGAAAGCUUAUACCAAGAGCAAACUUAGUUGGUCUCUAAGGUGCUACUGAAUAAUUUUUUUAAUUUUUUAUAUAUUUCGACUGUGUCAUACCAACACGGCUGCCUACCUGAAUCUAAAGCAGUAAUUUAACAUGAAUUUUGCUAACUAACGAGACCCUUGAUCCAUAAAAUGAAAGCAAUAAACAAUGUACUGCAGUUACACAAUUAAUCAAUCUGGGUUCCACAUAGUCACAAAAACAAAACAAAAAAGCUGCAAAAACAAAUAGCAAAAACAGACCUCAGCAUAGCACUCAAAUCGGAAGUGUGGCACUCAGAAUGGAACACAUUCGGCUUCCGAAAAAUGUUCACAAUUUGGAACACUUAUUUCCAGGUUUGCCGUGUUUGGGUUCCAAGUUGUUUGACUACCAAAGCGUUUGAGAAACCAACGUACCCCUGUACACACACACAGCAUUCCCACAAAGCAAACAAGUAUAAUUAUUAUUUAUUAUUAUUUAUUCAACUUAUAUACCGUCCUAUACCCGGAGGUCUCAGGGCAGUUCACAACAAGACCAUAACAUAUAAAAAUCAAACCAAAAGCAGUAACCUCCCCCCCCAAGCCACAUUCUAAAAGGGUGUUGGAUGUCAAUAAGAUCAACCAAAGGCCUGGUUAAAAAGCAACGUGUUUGCCUGGUGCCUAAAGGUGUAUAACCGGCAAAUAGCUGGACUGAGUUUUAUAAUAAAGUCCAUUCUGCCUAUUUUAUGUAUUUACUGAAUUUCAAUACUGCUCAGGUAUACAAUAUAAAUAUAAAAGUGGACAAUAUAAAACCAUAAGCAUACCAGAGUAAUAAACAAAACACUAAUCCUCUCAUACAGUUUAAAAGGCCAUAGGCUGUGUAAUUAGCCAAAGGCCUGGGAGAAGAGGAAUGUUUUUGCCUGGCGCCUAAAUGUUUUUUAAUGAAUGUGCCAGGCAAGCCUCCCUGGAGAGAGCGUUCCCCAAAUGGGGAGCCACGGCAGAAAAGGCCCACUCCUGUGUUGCCACCCUCCAGACCUCUUGGAGAAGAAGCAUACGAAGAAGGGCCGCAUACAAUGAUUGCAGGGUCCAGGUCAGUCCAUAUGGGGAGAGGUGGUCCUGAGUCGUUCCAAAGCUGUAUAGGUCAAAACCAGCCCUUUGAAUUGGGCCCGGAAACUAAUCGGCAGCCAGUGCUGUCGACUCAGGAGCGGUGUAAUAUGCUCAAACCGUCUUGUCCCUGUGAAUACCCACCUGCCUUCAGGGGCAGCCCUGCGUAUAACGUGUUGCAGUAAUCUAACCUAGAGGUUACUGGAGCAUAGAUAACAGAAGUUAGGCUAUCCCUGUCCAGAUUCUAACUCCUUACAGUGGUAUCUCAGGUUAAGUACUUAAUUCGUUCCGGAGGUCUGUUCUUAACCUGAAACUGUUCUUAACCUGAAGCACCACUUUAGCUAAUGGGGCCUCCCGCUGCCACCGUGCCACCGGAGCACGAUUUCUGUUCUCAUCCUGAAGCAAAGUUCUUAACCCGAGGUACUAUUUCUGGGUUAGCGGAUUCUGGAACCUGAAGCGUAUGUAACCUGAAGUGUAUGUAACCCGAGGUACCACUGUAUUCUGUUGCAUGUGUGCGCCAGACCCUAUAAAGGGAGCUUAGCCCAUGAUGCUGAUGGUUUUGUGCUGUUUGUGGCUUUAUGAGGUGAUUGUGAUUGAGAAAGAUGGCUUUUGAGCUGCUAGGGGGUAGCUGUUCUUCCAGUGUCUCUGACUUGCUCUUUGGUAUAUUUACUCUUCCCAGGGAUUACUUGACAGGGUUCCACAAGCGUAAGGUUGAGAGGAGGAAAGCGGCUGUGGAGGAGAUAAAACGCAAACUGAAAGAUGAGCAAAAGAAGAUGAAGGAAGAGGUAUAUAUUCUGGGUGGGGAGGGAUGUAUUGUCAAAGCAAACACAAUAAAAUAUCAGACCUUUGUCAGCUUUUCCAAUUCUCUGAUGAAGUGUCACUGUAUUAAGUAAUACUGCAUGGUUCGUGAAGCUAUAGUGAAGCAAUGGUUGCCUAGGAACUGUUGAAUGAGUUUCCUUAGAGUUUCCUCCUGGUCAGAAACGGUUUUUGCCAAGAAAUCUGUGGCCCUCUAGAUGUUGCCAGGCUACAACUCCCAUCAUCCCUGACUGAUGGCCAGACCUGAUGGGAGUUGGAGUCCAGCAUUGUUUUGGGGGCCCCAGGUUUCCUAUCCCUGCUGGGAGCCUAUGACCAACAGAAUAGCCUGACAGACAGGAUUUCUCAAGGAACAUGAGAUUCCUACAAUGACUGGUUUGGCCCCCAAAAGAUCAUUUAGGGAGCUGCAUUAUACUGAGCCAGACUAUUGGUCCGGUUAAGUCCGUAUUGUCUACAGGGACUGGUAGCAGCUCUUGAGGGUUUCAGAAUAGGGUUCUGUCCCAUCCUUAUCUGAAGAUGCCCAGGAUUGCACAUGGGAACAUCAGCAUGUAAAGCAGAUACUCUGCAACUGGGCUACAUCCCUUGUUGUUUAUCACACCCUGAUCCUCAUGGCUCUUCCAAAGGUCUCUUUCUAGGCUUGCUCUCCUUUUAUUUUGACUUGGUCAUAACCUCGAGUCUCCUUUCAGUCCUACUUCUCAGAAGCCUGCCUUCCAUUUUCCCUUCGUGCCCUUUAACACCACACAAGAGUAUGCAGAAUUGCACUUGUUCACUAUCCUGACAACCUAUUCCUCCCUGUCUUUCCUACUCAUCAUCUCAUUCUAGACAUGCAGCCCAGACCUGUGUUGGUUUAAAGGUAAAGGUAAAGGGGCCCCUGACCAUUAGGUCCAGUCGUGACCGACUCUGGGGUUGCAGUGCUCAUCUCUCUUUAUUGGCCGAGGGAGCCGGCGUACAGCUUCCGGGUUCUGUGGCCAGCAUGACUAAGCCGCUUCUGGCUAACCAGAGCAGCCCACGGAAACGCCGUUUACCUUCCCACCAGAGUGGUACCUAUUUAUCUACUUGCACUUUGACGUGCUUUCGAACUGCUAGGUUGUGUUUGUUUACUCCACAGUAAAAAAAGCAACAACCCUGGGAUUGCAGGCUUGAUGGACACAGUGUUGUUAUCUGAGAAACUAAAUGCUGGAAUUUCCCCAGAUAGCUGCUGACUUACUACUUGGCUCCAAAGGAGAAGGUGUGAAAGUUCUGGUUUCUGGGAUUUUGGCCGAUGUCUCGGAUGAGACCAAGCCACUGUUUAUCUGAAAGCAUUCUAAUUAUUUGGGGCGUUUCUUUGUUUUUAGAGGCACAAAGAAUACAUGAAGAUGUUGAAAGAGAGAGAAGAAGCCUUGGGUACGUGUCCUUUCUGAAGGUGUAACCGUUAAAGUGGUCUGUGUGUUAUUUAAUGUAUUAAUCCCCUUUUACAUGUGUCACAAGGGAAUUUACAAAUGUCAAGACUGUGGAGAUAGCGGUUCAUUUUGUGCAUCUUUUUGGUUAUGUGUUACUGAUGGACUUUCCCUCUCCUCCAUCUUUAGAAGGAUAGUUAUUGUAUGACGUUGCAGGAAUCCUAGCAAAGAUCAGCCCUCUUGAAUGGCUGAUGGGAUUUGUGGUUCAAAUCACCUGGAGCGUAUUGGUAUAGUUCAUUAGAAUUCUAAAAACCGAGGCAGAAAUAAUCUAGUUACAACAAAAAGUAGUUGGGAGUCUCAAGCGCCUGUGUGUAUGAAGAAACAGAAUAUGUAGCAGUUUGUCUGAGAAGUUCAAACUCAGAAGAGAUUCUGCCCUAAAUUAUCCAUCCGUUACAUUGAAGAUACUGUUUUGACACUUGUGAUUUCUUUGGGUUCCUUAUUUAAUGUUCCCAGAGGAAGCUGAUGAGCUGGAACAACUGGUAACAUCCCAAACGGAGUCUGUGAGCUAUGACCACCCAAACCACACAGUCACUGUUACUACAAUCAGUGACUUGGACCUCUCAGGAGCACGUCUGGUGGGACUAAGCACCAACGAGGUAAUUCCUCUCUACGAGCUUGUAUGUUCAUCCCAAUUCUGUUUUUUUCUACAGGUGUAUAUUUGUUGAUUAACUAACUACUGGAGUUUAGGACUGGCAUCUCUCUUAACUUUUUAACAAUCCCAUCUGUGUGCCACGAAAAAAGGUUGCUGCCCCAAGGAGCCUGCUGCCUAAAAUUCAGCAUAGAGAAGGCAUUGGGGGUGGAAGAAUAUGCAUUCAAUUUGGACCUUGUAGUUGGACUUAAUUUCCAUGGAGCUUCACAGAAAAUGUGUGUUUUUGAAGACUGAAUCUCUGAACCAGCCAAGUUUGAAAAUGUUUCAUUUCAUGAGACGUCUUGUAAGAUAGAAAAGCCAUCUAAGCAUUUUUCAGGGCCGACCGUUUCUCAAGAGAAUAUGCUAUUGCUAAGUAGGAACUGUGUCUCUGUCCAAAGCUGUACUUGGAGAAGUUCAAUAUAAGUGUCUCUUGCCAUAUGCUUUGCAACUCCUGCAGUGCUUGACAAGGGAAAUCCUCAACAUUAGUCACUUGGGAUAAACGUGAACAGCUGGAGGGAGGAGCAUUUUCUGUGCUGAGUCCUUGCCUCUUUUGGUAUCAGCCAGAUUCCCACAAGCUGCUUUUUCAAAGCCCAGCACAAGCUCUGUGCUGUUCAGUCAAAUCUGCUUUUGAUCAGAAUUGUUUUUUCAAAAUAAAAAAAUAGAUCUUUAUAUAAACACAUGGCUUCACAUUCUCUAUUGUAGGCUAGAAUAAAAUGAUGGAGUGAGGAUCUGUUCCUGGAUCUCCCUGGUCCUGCACCAUGCUGACUGUCACAUACGGUGCUCUGUGUAUUUGAAGGAUUUAACAUCCUAGAUCUCAUUAAUACUCACAAUAGCACUGUAUGAUAGGCCAGUAUUAGAGAUGGUGAUGGGAGCUUGCAUAACUGCACAUGGUAUCCUUGAUUUAAACUGAGGUUUCCUGGGUCCAAGGUCACACUGAUAGCCACCACACUUAAUGAAUAUGUGUGAGAGGUUUUUACACCCAUGCUGCAAGUUCUGAUUUACCCUACAAAAGAAAACAAGUCUGAUGCAGUAGCUGAUUUUGAAACUAGCUUAGUAAGUAAGUUACUUGUCAAAUUGACCUGGGUUCCUAUAUGUUUACACUAGCAGUGCCUAGAUUUCUAUGUGGCUCAUAUGCCUCUUUUAUUUUAUUUUUUAGGGAGAAGAUGCUGGAAUGGAAAAAAAAGACGAAGAUGCUUCAAGCAAACCUGCGUGCAUCUUUCCUAAGAAAUCUAGAGAUCCUUUCCUGUCUCAGAGGUAGUUAUGAUUGGUUAACCCUCACCUUUUAACCUUCAAAACCAAGUUCAGAACAUCUGUGGCUCUCCCAAGUGCUGCUGGAACACAACUCAUUUCAUCCCUGACCAUUAGCUAUGCUGGUUGGGGCUGAUGUGAGCUCAGUAUCAGAAGCCCCAUGCCUCUGUAUUCUAGUUAAUUGCACUCAUGCCUUGCUGAUGGGUUUCCCAUAGGGAUCUGGUUUGCUUCUGUGAGAACCAGAUGCUGGACUAUAUGGGCUUUAAUUCUCAUCCACCAGGACUCCUCUUACAUAACUGCAGGGCUAUAGGGGUUUGUUCUCCCUCAGAGAGAUAAUUCUGGGGUUGGAAGAGACCCUCCCCCUUGCUCUUUUUCGCCCACUCACAAGCCGAUCUGUGAACAAACUGUCUUGAAUGUCAGCGGUGUGCCAAGGACCUUGAGUCUUAAGGACAGCCUUGUAAAUAAGUUACGUUGCAAUCCUACUUACCUUGGAUUUGAGCCCCAUUGAGCUACAUACGACUUACUCCUGGGUAGAAAUGGUUAGGUUUGCACUGUUAGUUAUCCAAAACUGCCUCCAUGCUGGUGGGCACAGAGGAGAAAUGCCUUCUUCUGGGGCCGCUGUGGAAGUGCAAGGUUGUAACUUUUCACAGCCUGGUUAAGAAAAAAGGAAAGGAAAGCCUUCUAGCAAACAGUGGUGCAGAGAGGACAAUGCAAAUGGACGGUCUUGCCUUCCUCUGCAACCAGCCCAGAAACCAAACAGAGUGCUGGAGGAGGAAUGGAGAGAUUUGCCUCUCCUCAACCAUCCCACUUACUCACCUGCAUGGAAUUCCUGGUCACCAGUGGCUACUGUGUUGUUAAAUGCAACAUGAGCUCAAUGCUGAAAUACCAUUAUGUAGCAAAAAGGGUUGAUAACCAUGCUGCACCACAAGAGGGCAUUCUCUGCCUUGUCUCAGCGCCAUUCACUCACUUUCUAAAUUUUUAGGAGGCAAGGAAAAAACUAUUGUUGUCCAAGCAGGUAUCUGCAUCACACGUGUUCAUAUAAGAAUGUUUUUAUUCCACCAUUAAUGACAUCGUUUGUGUUGUAAUCUAUCCUUUUUAAAUACUGUAUAUUAGCAAGUGCAUUUUAAAAAAGUCUUGCUGCGUGCAGAGCUCCAGUUCAGGGUUCCAGGAAGCCCGGUUCAUAUUCCUCCCUCUCCCACAUCCUGUCCAAAAUAGUCAGCCAAUGUUCUGUGCCCACUGAACAUGCUCAGUCUUCAUUGGGGCUGGGUGUUGUUGUUGGGGAGUUUUGCCUUUCUCCCGAAGGUGUUUGUUUGUUUGUUUGUGUUUGUUUUGGUGCCUCUGAAGACCUUUUCCAUUCCUGCGUCCAUUUGCUGUCAUAUUGCAAUGGGUUUCCUUAGGAUUAGCACUCGACAAAAGAGGUUGUCAUGGUGGAGGACUGGAUCUAGCCAGGCCUCUUGACUCAGGCUGUUGACUGGGCUGCUGUCCUAUAACAUCAGAUGCUGCUGGGGCUGAUGGGAGUUGCAGUCCAAAACAUAUUGAGAGGACCAGCUUGGCAAAGUUUGGGUUAGCCUGCAGAAAUGGCUUGCACGAGACGUGGCGAUGGCCACCAACUUAGAUGGCUUUCAAAUGCAAUAAGAGCAAUUCACAGAGAACAAGGCUAUCAGUGGCUGUUAGUUACGCCUCUAUACCACCUCCAGAACCAGACGCAGCAUGUGUCUGGAUACCAGUUAGCAGGAAGCAAUAGCAAGAGAAGAUGGUUGCCCUCCUGCCCUGCUUGUAGUCUUCCAGAGGCAUCUGGCUGGCCUGCCACUGUGGGGAAGCAGGAUGCAAGACUAGAUGAGCCUUUGGCCUGGUCCAAUAGGCCUCUGGUUAUGCAGGUCAGAGUUGCCUAGACUGAGGUUGGGGGGAAAGGGGGGUCUGAAGGAGAGAAAAGAGGACUGAUUAAUAUUCCUGGUACAGGGGGAGACUCUGACAGUUUGCAGAGAGAAGGGAGACAUCCAAUGAGGUUUAAUGUUGUUGGACUGCCUAUUCCUGUCACCUUUGUUUAUUGGUUAUGUUGGUUGGGGCUCCAACAACAACUGGAGGGCACCACGUUGGCUAUCCCUCUUCUUUCUACAAGAAGGAGUGGCUAGAAUAUGGCAUUCAGAGCAUAUGGCGCUCCCCAUGUACCAAGUCAGGCCAAUUGGUCCUUGUACAGUCUACACUGGCAGCAUGUAUUGAGCGUGGGUCUUACCUGCUAUCUGAGAUCCCUGGAGAUGCCAGGAUUUGAACCCACGACCCUCCACAUGCCAGCUGUAUGCUCAUACCGCUGAGCUAUGCCUUCUCCCAGGUGAUCUCCCAUCUAGGUAGCAUACAGGGCCAGAUCUGCCUAACUUCAGCAAUAGUUAUGCACCACAUGCCUUCCAAACAGAACAUGCAGCUGUGCCCUGACAAAGGAGAAGCAAGAAAUGGGCGUGGGAAAUGUAGCUGGGGCUGAAGCAGUUUAUAAAUGAAGACUGGGAACUGGUUUGCCUCUGGAAUUCAUUUAUUUGUUCUCCUCCCCGUUACAGGAUUUCUUCACUCACGGCCACACUGCAUUCCCGUAGCCAGAAAAAGACCAAAGGACGGCAGACCAGACACAGCCAAGGAUCAAGGAAGAAAGCCCAGAAGCCAAGUACAGGGCGGACGAGCAAGACCCUGCGCCGAAGAAUGACGGGCAAAGGGAGGCAUUUCCAAGACUGAAGUGAAAACAGUAGCCUGCUAAGUUUUGAGAGCUCUGGCUUACUUGGAAAGCUCAUUUUGUGUCAGCGAUGUCUGUUUCGUUCAGAGUUUCAGUGGAGCUGCAAAACUUUAUUGAAACUAGUUCGUGAGCCAAGGAGUGCUGGACCUUGUUGCUUGGAAAAGUAAAAUAUUUUUGUGCACAAUGGCCUACUUUGACUAAGCAAGUGUGAUUGUUGUGUGUAGGCCCCUUGCUCUGUAACUCCCCACACAAAAGAAAGAAAGAACAGAUGCACUUUUCCCAAGUAUUGAUAACAGCUAAACUGUUAAAUGGUUACGUCUGCAUAGAAGUCCAGGGUCUGUGUCCUUCCUUACUGGGAGUUCUGGUGCUAUGAAUGCUUAGUGAGAGACCACAUAGGCCCCAGGCAAACUUCUUUCUUCUGCCCACAUCAUUUUUUAAUUUUGUUAUAUAAAUGUCUGUUGGGAGGAAACUUUGUAUGCCUUUAUUUCUCACGAACUCUUCUGACACUUGGAUUGUAGGAGAAUCUGCUGGCUACUAUUAUUUAUAGAGCAUCUGCAACAAAGGGCUUUGUAACUUUCUGCUUUACCCUCAUAAAAGAUUUGUGAUAUUCUCAUUUUAGAUGU